UUCCCCUCCUUUCCAUUACUUUAUGAACCCAUCCUUCACUUCAUCCAAGCAAGCCCUAAAGGGCAGAAAGGGUUCUCAUCUUCGGUUUAUGACCUCGCCGACCUCAAGUUUGCCCCGCUCUUUGUUUUGUUUUUGUUCGUGUUUAGGGUUUUUCUCUCCGGACCAAUGUGGGCGUUGGUGAGAGCCGUGGGGCGUUCACGACCUUGUGGUCGGUGCCGAAAGGCACCUCAUUUCUCGACUGGAGACUUCGAGGCGAAGAUCCAGCGGGAUAAUGAUGCGUCUUCGAUCACAGAUCUGUCCUCAUCUCGGCAAAACGAGGGUGCUGACAACACCACUGCCUCUCACUUGACUACAAAUCCUUUCGUGAAUGUAUAUCGUGCGCUGAAUGAUCAGAAAUCUAUGGCCGAUAGAUUUGAGAGGUGGAUUGUUGAGCAUGGUCGGCACUACAAAGAUGCCUCUGAGAAGCAGCUUCGCUUCGAGAUAUUUAAGGCUAAGGUUGCGUACAUUGAGUACUUUAAUGCCGGGAAUCACAUGUAUACGCUCGCCAUAAACAAGUUUGCCGACCUAACAAAGGAGGAGGUGACAGCUCAGUACACUGGCUUUAUCCCUCCUGGUGAGGAUGAAGACUUUGGACAUAUAGAUUCAUCUUCUGAAGAUGAAUCCUUAGUGUAAAGGGUGGAGAAAAGGGAAACAUCUUCUGAAGACAUAUGGAUUCAUGUUUUAAAAUAUUACGUUCCUUUGAUUGUCUAUUUCGCUAGUCGUGAAUCUUUAGUAAAAGAAACUAUUACCUUGUUGUUGUAGCGUCUUAAUGUUUAUGGUUGGUGAUGUUGACAUUUAUCUACUUUCAUCAGUCAGCUUUAGUGCUUUUUGGCUUUUGUACUU